UAACAUCAAGCCCUUCUCCUGACCACUGUCCAUCUUGUCCAUACGUUUCACCAUGAAGAGUUGUGUUGCUGCUGCCGUGUUUCUGAGUCUUGCGGGUUCCUCGCUGGCAUUCCUAUUUGGGACUGGACCAGCGCAUGCAUCAUGCAAGGCACAAUGGACGGUAGGAAUGGCAUGCAGCCAAGUGGAAACAGCUUUGCUGAAUCAGAUCCAGACCUGGUCUGGCCCUGAAAACUGCAAAUCUGGACCAAUCAACGAGAAGUGCCUCUAUGUGUUGAAAAGUAACAGCGAAGGAGUAAUUAAGCUGACCCAUGAGACCCCACUUAAACAUUAUAUAGAUGACGUAUCAUUCACUCUGAAGUCACAAGGCGACGCCUCCUGCCAACUUGGUGGUUAUUCCACUGCCGAAACAUGGUAUGCUGUCCUGGACCAGGGAACAAACUACUGUAACAUGUUCAACCUCCUCGAAGGAGCUAGUCUGACUACAGCUGCUGGAUACACGGAGACUGCAUCUGAUGCUUCAUGUACUCAGCGAUCAUCAGCUGACUGCAACAGAUAUUAAAUAAAUCGUGUUAUAUAAA